GCUCGUCAUCGGCUUGGCUCCUCAUCUCUCCCUUCGACUUCGACAUCAAAGGGGGUCAUCCUGCUACCCUCGUAUGCAGUCAAAGCAGGCCUCGCACCAGCAGGCCAGCUCGGAGCAGUACACCGAUACACAGCCGCCGAACAAAUUCCUCGCUGCCCCAAACGGCAAGCAUCUUCACUCUCACGCAAAUGGAGGAAGCACUGCCACCACCUCCCACCCAUCAUCGUCUUUGGCGCAGACGGCAGUCGUAGCAGUUUCAUCGACGUCGUCGGUCAUGUCGCCUAGAGCGCAGGCAAAGUCAAAGGCAAUCGUGCAAGAUCCUCUCCCAGGUUCAGGUCAGCACCUCUCUCAUAGCCAACUCUUUCGCACUCCUUCUCCACCUCCCACUUCCAUCGAUGACCUCAAGGCCGAGCUCAACAAUGAAGGGGAUGGCGUCAUUCCAUUGGCAGCCAUCAUCGAAAGAGUAGCGAGCGAAGCCUAUGAUGGUCUUCUCAAUUUGGGCGAGACCAUGUCGUCUCUUCCUUCAUCCGAACGACGAGCCCGCAUCUUCGAUACUGCCCUGGAGCUGCGCAAACAGAUGAUCAAGCUCUACGUCGUCAUACAGUGGUCUCGUGGAGCCAACCAUAUGCAGCAUCUCAAAAACAUCAAUGGCUUGAUUCACGAGCAGACCUACCAGACCCUUGAUGCCAGAGAUCACCUCGUAGAGACGAGGAACAUCCUGCCCAAUGCGAGGCAGCGCAAUCACGACAUCGCGACAGCUGUCGAGGUGCUUGCAAAGGGAGAGCCAAGCAAGCUGCCUGCCGCCAUCGAGAAGGACUCGAUACCGCCCAAGCCAUUCACGGAUUCGCAAGCUCGCGCGAUUAUCCACGAGCUUGACGAAGCAAUUCGAGUCAGACUGGCUUGCGAUGAGCCAGUACCGCUGCGCCUCAAGUCAUCAGGCUGUGACGUUUCAGACGGGAGAGUGCGUCUCACCGCCCCCUCACUCUUUUCACUCUCCCUCACUCUAUCGGGGGCAAAAGAGGACGAUCGAUGGUAUCUCCUCACCAUUCAGUUCGAUUACAACAUUACUGGGCAGGGCAAAGACAGAUUCCCGCAGGAUCUAUGGGAGGCGCAGAGGGAAGGAUUCAUAGCGACGGCGAAUCAGGUCCUCGAGCCGCGAAGUGCUCCGCCAGCAGCAGAGGGGGAGGAGGGAGGCGAAGCUGCAGCUGCAACUGUGAGAGUGGAUCGCCCCAUCGUCCGCCUCUUCAACUUUCUACAGUCACAAGCGCUCGAGUAUCAGCUCGACAUCUUGGCAUUUCAGGUCACAGAAUUGGUCAGGCUGGCGUGGAAGGGAGUGCUGUCGUGGUCUUGGCAGGAUAGGACGCUUGUCAUCGACUACUGGCUGCGACCGGCAGGGGAGGGCGCGAGAUCUGGGCAGACAUCGUUGGGACCAGUGAAGGGUGGUCGAGUCAAGCUGGUGGUACAGCCGCGAAAGAAGGAGACUGCGAUAGAAGAGUUGGGGCGACAGAUUGACGAGGAAGGUGAGGAUGCCGUCGCCACGGAGGAUGGCGAGAAUUGCGAACAUCACCUGCAGCUCGCCGUCACCUGGGAGGUAGACGAUGCGCCCCUGCCGGAUCGCCCAGACGUCUUCGUCGACGCUCAAGACCUCAACGCCGAAGCGCUGCUGCUCAGCGUCGUCACGCGCCAUGCUGAGAUGGCCAUUGCCGUCUUCAGGGACAGGGUCGCUGCCAGUACGCUGCGUCGAACAAUCUCCUCUAUGUCCUCACCCUCGGAGCUCAUCCUCGACCUGCAUGCAACCCUCACAGUCUGCCUCAGCAUCGAUCCCAAAAAGGGCAAGCUGUCUCUCUCACAGCGCUCGGGAGGAGGAGGCAGCGACGCCGAUGUCAUUGCGCCGACGCUCUCACAAUCCUCAUCAGCAUCUAGACUGCGCGAAGCAUCAGACCUCAUCAACAGCUCCCCUGCCUCGCUGGUCGACGUCCUCUUUCGCCUGCAGACGGCCGCCAUCCGAUCAGACCUGGAGCAAAAGGCGGCCUACCUUGGCCUGCGAUCACUGCGCUCCCUCAACCUCAACCAGGAAGAGUAUACCAAGUUCGAGGUGCAGCCAUCGCACAUCCACUACCUCCCGCUCGAGCAGUGCCCAACCUACUACCUCGCCUUUGUCAUCAAGAAUGCCGACGUUAGGGCAAGCCUCGUCUCUGCCAUGCCCGCACUUUACGGCGGCGCUAGUACCGCGAACCCGACUGGCAGUGCGAUGGAGCUGCAUAGCCUCCAAUGGCUCGACAUUGACAAGAUCGCGGGCGCGAAGAAGGACGGCACGUCGCGUGCCGUGUUGUCUUCGCUGGACAUCGGCCGACUCCACUCUUACGCCGUCGCCUUGACCAUCUCGUCGCAGCUGCAAACACAGCUUCGCAUGCGUGGGGUUGCCUUUGUCUUGCUGCCCGCCGUCACGAUGUCGCCGCCCGGCUUGCUCGGGUCCACCUGCACUCGCGCAGAGGAUGUCAUCCCAUCGAUGAGCGCACGUACGAUCGAACUCUUUGGACCGAGCGCUCAAGUCCUGCUGAAGCCCAAUGCUCUCGUACGGCUGGGCGACUACUGGAACCCGGCAAGCUGUUACAUUGAAGUGGUCAUUCGCAUGCGCUUCAAUGUAAAGCGGGUCAAGGCGGUACGGGAUCAGGGGCUCAACAGCAAUAUGUCCUCCGCUGGCUCGCUGGCAAGCGUUCGCUUCAACGCCAAACGCUCAGAGCUCAGCCUUCGAACACGGAACCUCGGCCAGGCCCUAGACAUCUUUGCAUUGGACUGGCAGCGCAUCGCAAAGAUUGCUUCGUUGGCUAGUCAGCUGAGUACGCAGCGAUGCGGCGUCAAGGACAAGGGCAAAGGCGAGCAGCAGCGCUUUCAUCUCCUCGAUUAUGACGUGCGAUCGGCUCGCUUUGCGUAUGGGUCAGAGCAUGGGCUCGAGGCGCUGUUGUACUGGGAGGCGGGCAGCGAGGGCGAGAUAGGAGCAGCGAUGCUUGCCCAACCUCAAGUGAUGCCGUCUGGCUAUCGAUUGGCCUUUACCAGCAGCGAUGGCUCGACGAAUCCGCACACGCGCAUUCAGUCGUAUCUCGAAGACCUCCUCAACGGCUCCUCUUCCUCUCCUGACUGGUCGGCCCUCCUCUUCCUCCUCGACUCGACUAUACCGAUCCUCUCCACGCUCGGCCGCCUACGAGAUGCUGCCCUCGAUGACGCAGCCAGUCCGGACGUCGAGUGGCUCAAUGCUACAUGGUAUCGCGUCGUCUUUGCAGAGGCGUACCGGCUAGACGUGAGGAUUGCCAAAGGCGGCAAGGUGAUGGUGGUGCAGGAUGCGGCUGCUGGCGGACGAGAGUUGAUGGCGAGCAGCAAAGAGGGCAAGAGCAAAGGAGACGACGACGCAGAGAUACCGGAACUGAGGCAGGCGAUGGAAGCGGCGGCAGCUUCGAGUGGAGCAGGCGGCCCUUCUGCUGGAGUUCUCGUCCUCGGUCAGACGAUGCUGUGCGAUUUGAGGCGGACGAGGGGCAAAGUGGCUCAGGCUACUCUGACAGCCCUUGUUGAGCUAGUGGGACGCAAUGUGGCCGAGAUCGAGGGUCUGCUGUAG